CCGCCUCGCCGUGUGUUUACGUGGAGACGAAGAUGGCGGCGACGGUGACGGCGUUGCCCGUGCGGCUGAGCACGGCCAGCCAGUGAACUCGUAGACUGGUUCCACUUUGGGCGGAGGGAGCGCCAGGCCCGGCCCUACUCCCUGGGACCGCGGAGGUUGCGGUCCCACCUCUGUCGGAAUCGACCUUUCCUUUUUACCCCCGACCUUCCCUGUGUUCCCCCAGCCUUUUCUGCAGAGGCCAUGGAGGACGAAGAGAGACAGAAGAAACUGGAAGCCGGCAAAGCUAAGCUUGCCCAGUUUCGACAAAGGAAAGCUCAGUCUGAUGGACAGAAUCCUUCUAAGAAGCAGAAAAAAAAGAAGAAAACUUCAAGCAGUAAACAAGAUGUGUCAGCAUACCAUGCUUUGAAUCUUGAGCACUCACGGAGUGAUGAAAUGUACAUAAAUAGUUCUCAGAGAGUAGGAACAGCUGUGACUCCUGAAUCCACAAUAAUCAAACGUGACGAGAUCUUUGUUGAACCAGAAAGUGAAAUUUCAACUACAGCAGAUGAUUAUAGUUCAGAGGUAAAUGGUUGCAGUUUUGUGGUGAGAACAGGAAAGCCCACAAAUUUAUUAAGGGAAGAAGAAUUUGGUGCUGAUGAUUCUUAUUCUGAACAUGGAGCACAGUACAGUCAGACCCACCUAGAGAUGAUGGAAAAUGAAUUGGCUGGCAAACAACAUGAGAUUGAAGAGCUGAACAGAGAACUAGAAGAAAUGAGAGCCACCUAUGGGACUGAAGGGUUACAGCAGUUACAAGAAUUUGAAGCUGCCAUUAAACAAAGAGAUGGCAUCAUAACCCAGCUUACUGCUAAUUUACAACAAGCAAGAAGAGAAAAGGAUGAGACAAUGAGAGAAUUUUUAGAGUUGACAGAACAAAGUCAGAAAUUACAGAUUCAGUUCCAGCAUUUACAGGCUAGUGAAACUCUGAGAAACAGCACUCAUAGUAGCACAGCUGCAGAUUUGUUACAAGCCAAACAACAGAUCCUCACUCAUCAGCAACAGCUGGAAGAACAAGACCAUUUAUUAGAAGAUUAUCAAAAAAAGAAAGAAGACUUCAAGAUGCAAAUUAGUUUCUUACAAGAGAAAAUUAGAACAUAUGAAAUGGAACAAGAUAAAAAAGUAGAAAGCUCAAUUAAAGAAAUACAGGAAAAAGAUGCAAUCAUUGAAGAACUAAAAACAAAAAUAAUAGAAGAAGAAAAAAAAACUCUAGAGCUAAUGGAUAAAGUCACAGUUACUGAUAAAUUACUGGAAGAAUUACAAGAACAGGUUGUAGGAAAGAACCAAGAGAUUAAAAAUAUGAAAUUAGAGCUGACUCAUUCCAAGCAAAAAGAAAGACAGUGUUCUGAGGAAAUAAAACAGUUAAUGGGGACAGUUGAAGAACUUCAAAAGAAAAAUCAUAAAGAUAGCCAAUUUGAAACUGAUAUUCUGCAAAGAAUGGAACAAGAAACACAAAGAAAGUUAGAACAGCUCCGGGCAGAGCUGGAUGAGAUGUAUGGGCAGCAGAUAGUACAGAUGAAACAGGAGUUAAUAAAACAACACAUGUCACAGAUAGAUGAACUUAAAAUACGGCAUAAAGAAGAAAUGGAGAAUGCUUUAAGAUCAUAUCCAAGUGUUACUGUUAAUGAAGAUCAAAUAAAAGUAAUGAAUAUGGCAAUAAAUGAACUGAAUAUAAAAUUGCAAGAUAGUAAUUCUCAAAAGGAAAAACUCAAGGAAGAACUAGGAGUAAUUUCAGGAGAAAAGUCUACUCUACAGAGGCAGCUUGAAGACCUUUUUGAAGAAUUGAGCUUUUCAAGGGAACAAAUUCAGAGAGCUAGACAAACAAUAGCUGAACAAGAAAGUAAACUCAAUGAAGCACAUAAGUCCCUUGGUACAGUGGAAGAUUUGAAAGCUGAGAUUGUUUCUGCAUCUGAGUCCAGAAAAGAACUAGAAUUAAAACAUGAAGCAGAAGUUACAAAUUACAAGAUAAAACUGGAAAUGUUAGAGAGAGAAAAGAAUGCUGUAUUAGACAGAAUGGCUGAAUCACAAGAAGCUGAAUUAGAGAGGCUGAGGACACAGCUUCUGUUUAGUCAUGAAGAAGAACUUUCCAAACUGAAAGAAGAUUUAGAAAUUGAACAUCGAAUAAACAUUGAGAAACUUAAAGAUAACUUAGGCAUUCACUAUAAACAGCAGAUAGAUGGCUUACAGAGUGAAAUGAGUCAAAAGAUAGAAACCAUGCAGUUUGAAAAAGAUAGUUUGAUAACUAAGCAGAAUCAACUAAUUUUGGAAAUUUCAAAGCUAAAAGAUUUACAGCAGUCCCUUGUGAAUUCAAAAUCAGAAGAAAUGACUCUUCAAAUCAAUGAACUUCAAAAAGAAAUUGAAAUACUCAGGCAAGAAGAAAAGGAAAAGGGUACUCUUGAACAAGAAGUUCAAGAAUUACAACUUAAAACUGAAUUGUUAGAGAAACAAAUGAAGGAAAAAGAGGAUGACCUUCAAGAAAAAUUCACACAUCUUGAAGCAGAGAAUAGCAUUCUUAAAGAUGAAAAGAAAGCCCUUGAAGACAUGUUGAAAAUGUGUACUCCUGUUAACCAAGAAGAAAGAUUACUUUUCACAGACUCCAUUAAGUCCAGAUCCCAAGACUGUAACUGGCAAAAAGAAAUAGAAGUACUUACAGAGGAAAAUGAGGACCUCAAAAAACAAUGUAUUCAGCUAACUGAAGAGAUUGAAAGGCAAAGGAACACUUUUUCAUUUGCUGAAAAAAAUUUUGAAGUUAACUAUCAAGAGUUACAGGAGGACUAUGCUUGCCUUCUCAAGGUGAAAACUGAUUUAGAAGACAGCAAAAACAAACAAGAAGCAGAGUAUAAAAGUAAGCUUAAAACACUUAGUGAAGAGCUUCAUCAUUUGCAAAGAAUAAAUCCAACUGUGGUAAAAAUGAAAAGUUCAGUCUUUGAUGAUGACAAAACUUUUAUAGGAGAACCCUUGGAAAUUGGUGAGGUUGUUGAGAAAGAUACAACAGAACUUAUGGAAAAACUUGAGGUGACCAAGCGAGAAAAAUUAGAACUGUCAGAGAAGCUGUCUGAUCUUUCUGAACAAUUAAAACAGAAACAUGGUGAGAUUAGUUUUCUGAGUGAAGAAGUGAAGUCUUUAAAGCAAGAGAAAGAGCAAGUUUUAUUGAGAUGUAGAGAGCUAGAAAUCAUCAUUAAUCAUAAUAGGAAAGAAAAUGUAAAUGCAUGUGAUGUUCCAUUAGACUCUUUAAAAGAUGGAUUUGUGACAAGGACAAGCAAAGAUUCUGGAGAGUCAGUUUCUAAAAUAAAUAAAGAUUUUGGUGAAGAAUCAAAAAUAAUGGAGGAAAAUAAAAUUCCUUUGGAAAAUAGGACUGUUGGAAAAGAAGGCAAGCAAGAACAGUUGUUUUUGGGUCACUUGCCAUUAGUGACAAGUGGAUCAUCACUUAGGACGACUGAACCAAGUAGAAAUGAUAAACUUCAGUGGGAACUUAGUGUACUUAAAUCAGAGAAGAAUGAUUUAAGGCUACAGAUGGAAGCUCAGCGUAUAUGCCUCUCUCUGGUUUAUUCAACUCAUGUGGAUCAGGUUCGUGAAUAUAUGGAAAAUGAAAAAGAUAAAGCUCUUUGUAGUCUUAAGGAGGAACUUAUUUCUGCCCAAGAGGAAAAGAUAAAGGAACUUCAGGAAAUACACCAGCAAGAGCUACAGAAUAUAAAAACACAAGAAACAGGUGAUGAAGUGAAGCCUUUACAAAUGCUUAUUGGAAAACUACGCAGGGCAGUGUCUGAAGAAUGUUUUUAUUUUACACAGACUUUUUGCAAUGUCCUUGGUGAACAUCAUACUCCUGCUAUAAAAUAUGGCAUAAAUAUAGAAGAGAAAGAGAGUUCUGGUGUGCAUACUUCUGAAAAUCAAGAACAAGAAUUGCAAGAUUAUAGAUAUGAAGUUCAAGACUUUCAAGAAAAUAUGCAAACUCUUCUCACCAAAGUAACAGAAGAAUACAACAAACUCUUGGUACUUCAAACACGAUUAAGUAAGAUACAUGGACAGGAGACAGAUGAUGUGAAGCUUGAGGUUGCAGAAGGAGAUCUACCAAAAGAGGAAACAGAAUUUUUAUCAGCCUCUCAGAUGACCAAUUUGCAUGACAUUGAUGUCAGUCAUAAAAGCAAGUUAUCUGCUCUGCAAGAUUCUGAAAAAAUUAGACGACUGGAAGGACAAGUUCAAGAAUUAGAAAACUUCAUCUCCUCUUUGCAGCAACAAUUGAAAGAAACUGAAGAAAACCAUGGGGCAGAGAUCCAUUGUUUGCAGGAAAGGCUUCAAGCUGUCAGUGAGUCUACAGUUCAGCCAAGUUUCUCCAGUGAUUCAAUGGUAAUUACUGAAUCUGAUGUCCAGAAAACAGUAUACCCUGGAAGUUGUCUUAACCAGAACAUUGAUGGUACAAUAGAGUUUUCUGAUGAAUUUGGAGUGAAAAAGGAAACAAAUAUGGUUACAUUGCUGGAAAAACAGUACCAAGAACGAUUAGAAGAAGAAGUAGCUAAGGUCAUUGUGUCAAUGAGUAUAGCAUUUGCUCAACAAACUGAACUGUCUAGAAUAUCUGGGGAAAAAGAGGAUACUACAUCAUCAAAACAAGCACAUGCUUUCUAUCAGCAAGAAGGUUAUUUAAAUGAAACGAAAUCAUCACAGGGUCAAGCUUUUGAAGAAAUGGACAUGAAAUUUAAAGAAGAAUUUAAACCACUUAGUAAGGAGUUAGGAGAAAAUGGAAAGGAAGUUCUGUUAUCAACCGAUGGUAAUCUUGAUGAUACACUACAAUUGGAAGACCAUGAACUGACUAUUUCAGAAGAAAUGUUCUCCAAAGAUAAAACAUUUAUAGUCAGAGAAUCUAUUCAUGAUGAAAUUUUGGUAUCAAGUAUGGAUGCUUCUAGACAACUAAUGUUAAAUGAAGAACAGUUGGAAGAUAUGAGGCAGGAACUUGUGCGACAAUACCAAGAACAUCAACAGGCGACAGAACUGUUACGGCAGGCACACAUGCGCCAGAUGGAGAGACAGCGAGAAGACCAGGAACAGCUACAAGAAGAGAUUAAGAGACUGAAUAGACAAUUAGCCCAGAGAUCCUCAAUAGAUAAUGAAAACCUGGUUUCAGAGAGAGAAAGGGUGCUUUUAGAGGAGCUGGAAGCACUAAAGCAGCUGUCUCUAGCGGGAAGAGAGAAGCUGUGUUGUGAGCUGCGCAACAGCAGUACGCAAACACAGAACGGAAAUGAAAACCAGGAGGAAGUUGAGGAACAGGCAUUUAAAGAAAAGGAGUUAGACAGAAAACCUGAAGAUGUGCUUCCUGAUAUUCUGACCAAUGAAAGGUUUGCACUCCAGAAAGCUAAUAAUAGACUUCUCAAGAUCCUCUUAGAAGUUGUAAAGACAACAGCAGCUGUUGAAGAAACAAUUGGUCGCCAUGUUCUUGGUAUUCUAGAUAGAUCUAGUAAGGUCCAGUCAUCUGCCAGCUUGAUUUGGAGGUCGGAAGGAGAAGCACCUAUAAAGUCAUGUAUCCAUGAGGAACACACAGGAGUUACAGAUGAAUCUAUACCCUCUUAUUCUGGAGGUGAUGUGCCAAGAAAUGACAGUAGUAUAUGGUCAAAAGUAACUGAAGAGGGGACAGAUCUCUCAGAACAACUCAUGAGGAGUGGUUUUGCUGGAACUGAAAUAGACCCUGAAAAUGAAGAACUUAUGCUCAGUAUUAGCGGUCGACUACAAGCAGCAGUUGAGAAACUCCUGGAAGCUAUAAGUGAAACGAGUAGUCAGCUUGAACAUGCGAAAGUUACACAGACAGAGUUGAUGCGGGAGUCAUUUCGACAGAAACAAGAAGUGACAGAGUCCCUUAAGUGCCAAGAAGAAUUGCGAGAGCGCCUUCAUGAGGAGUCCAGGGCUAGAGAACAGCUGGCUGUGGAGCUCAGUAAGGCUGAGGGUGUCAUUGAUGGCUAUGCAGAUGAAAAAACUCUUUAUGAAAGGCAAAUUCAAGAAAAAACUGAUAUAAUAGAUCGUCUUGAACAGGAAUUGUUAUGUGCAGGUAAUAGAUUGCAAGAAUUGGAAGCAGAACAACAGCAGAUCCAAGAAGAAAGAGAAUUACUGUCCAGACAAAAAGAGGCUAUGAAAGCUGAGGCAGGCCCAGUUGAACAGCAAUUACUACAGGAGACAGAAAAAUUAAUGAAGGAAAAACUAGAAGUACAGUGCCAAGCUGAAAAAGUACGUGACGACCUUCAAAAACAAGUGAAAGCUCUCGAAAUAGAUGUUGAGGAACAAGUCAGUAGGUUUAUAGAGCUGGAACAAGAAAAGAAUGCUGAGCUAAUGGAUUUAAGACAGCAAAACCAAGCACUGGAAAAGCAGUUAGAAAAAACAAGAAAAUUUUUAGAUGAGCAAGCCAUUGAUAGAGAACACGAAAGAGAUGUAUUCCAACAGGAAAUACAGAAACUAGAACAGCAACUUAAGGUCGUACCUCGAUUCCAGCCUAUCAAUGAACAUCAAACUAGAGAGGUUGAACAGUUAACAAAUCAUCUGAAAGAAAAAACAGACAAGUGCAGUGAGCUUUUGCUCUCUAAAGAGCAGCUUCAGAGGGAUGUACAAGAACGGAAUGAAGAAAUUGAGAAACUGGAGUUCCGAGUAAGGGAACUGGAGCAAGCCUUACUCGUUAGUACAGACACUUUCCAAAAGGUAGAGGACCAAAAGCAGUCUGGAGCUCUAGAAGCUAAAACAGAAUUGUCGCUAGAAGUACAGUUGCAGGCUGAGCGAGAUGCUAUAGACCGAAAGGAAAAAGAGAUUACAAACUUAGAAGAACAAUUAGAGCAGUUUAGAGAAGAACUGGAAAAUAAGAAUGAAGAAGUUCAGCAACUACAUAUGCAAUUAGAAAUACAGAAAAAGGAAUCUACUACCCGCCUCCAAGAACUUGAACAAGAAAACAAACUAUUUAAGGAUGAAAUGGAGAAACUGGGAUUUGCCAUGAAGGAAUCUGAUGCUAUCUCUACUCAGGACCAACAUGUGUUGCUUGGAAAAUUGGCUCAAAUAAUGCAGGAAAAAGAAAUAGAAAUUGAGCAAUUAAAUGAGCAAAUUACAAAACUUCAGCAUCAACUUAAAAUUACAACUGAUAAUAAGGUUAUUGAAGAAAAAAAUGAACUGAUAAGGGAUCUUGAAACCCAAAUAGAAUGUUUGAUGAGUGACCAAGAACGUGUGAAGAAAAAUAGAGAAGAAGAAAUUGAGCAGCUCAAUGAAGUGAUUGAAAAACUUCAACAGGAAUUGGCAUUAAUUGAACAGAAGACAUCAGUGGAUGCUACUUCUUUUCCAGAAGAAGCAGACAGUUUAAAACAUCAAUUGGAUAUGGUAAUAGCUGAAAAACUGGCUUUGGAACAGCAAGUAGAAACCACUAAUGAAGAAAUGGCCUUUACGAAAAAUGUACUUGAAGAAACUAAUUUAAAAAUGAAUCAGCUAACUCAAGAAUUAUGCAGCUUAAAGAGAGAACGUGAAAAUAUGGAAGAAAUCCAAAGUGUACCAGAGAAAAGCAUUAACAUGGCCAUAGAUGAUCUGAGCAAAACCAAACCUGAACUGGAAGUAGUCCUUCCUGAGAAUGCUCUUAAACCCCUAGAAAAUCAGACUGACUUCACAUCUUUUGAAGAAAACAGCAAAGGUUCCAUUAGCAGUUUGGAAUCAAAGGUGCUACAACUUGAGGGCACUGUGAGUGCAAAGGACUUAGAACUCACCCAGUGUUAUAAACAAAUAAAGGACAUGCAAGAGCAAGGCCAGUCUGAAACAGAGAUGCUGAAAAGGAAGAUUGUAAACCUACAGAAUGUGCUUGAAGAAAAAGUUGCUGCUGCUCUUGUGAGUCAAGUCCAACUUGAAGCAGUUAAGGAAUAUGCAAAAUUCUGUCAAGAUAAACAACCAGUUUCAUCAGAACUUGAAAGAACACAUGCACAGAAUUUAAAUCAAGUUACAGAUAAUGAGAUGGAGUCAAAUGUAUUAGCAUUAACCUUGAGAAUAUCAGAAUUAGAAAGCCAGGUGGUUGAAAUGCAGACUAGUUUGAUUUUAGAAAAAAAACAGGUAGAAAUUGUAGAGAAAAAUGCUUUGGAAAAAGAAAAGAGGCUACUAGAACUACAGAAGUUAUUGGAGGAGGAGAAAAAACAGGGAGGUAAAGAAAGGAAAAGAAGCCCUGAAGGAAACUUUGAAGUUCUCAAGACAACUACUGAGCUAAUUCAUACCAGUGAAGAAAGUGGAUUUUUUGGUCAACUUGAGGCUCUUAGAGCUGAAUCAUCAGCAACUAAAGAAGAACUUGCCAAUUAUAAAGAGAAAGCAGAAAAGCUUCAAGAAGAGCUUUUGAUAAAAGAAACAAGUAUGGCAUCUCUCCAGAAAGAUUUAAGCCAAGUCAGGAAUCAGCUCAUAGAAGCAGAAGAGAAAUUAUCCUACUUGUUAGAAAAAGAAGAUAAAACUGAGUUACAGGAAAACAGAAAAGUCUGCAUAUUAGAGGCACUUCCUAAUAAAGUGGGUAAAAGUUUGGCAUCCCAGACAGAGGGGACUCUCAAGGUCAAUAGCAGCAGUCAGACUCCACAAAUUCUUGUCAGAAAUGCAGGAAUCCAAGUUGAUUUACAGAGUGAAUGUUCAUCAGAAGAAGUCACUGAAAUAAUCAAUCAGUUUACUGAAAAAAUUGAGCAGAUGCAAGAAUUACAUGCUGCUGAAAUUUUGGAUAUGGAAUCCAGACAUAUUUCAGAAACUGAAACCUUAAAGAGGGAGCACUAUGUUGCAGUUCAGUUACUGACAGAAGAAUGUGGUACCUUGAAGGCAGUGAUACAGUGUCUGAAAUCGAAGGAGGGAUCCUCACUUCCCGAAUUAACACAUUCUGAUGCUUACCAAACUAGAGAAAUAUGUUCCAGUGAUUCUGGAUCAGACUGGGGUCAAGGAAUUUAUCUUACACAAAGUCAGGGAUUUGACACAGCAUCAGAAGACAGAGGAGAUGAAGGCGAAAGUUCAACAGAUUCAUUUCCAAAAAAAUUAAAGGGAUUACUAAGAGCUGUCCAUAACGAAGGCAUGCAGGUGCUCUCCCUCACCGAGUCUCCCUACAGUGAUGGAGAGGACCAUUCUGUUCAGCAAGUUUCAGAAUCUUGGCUAGAAGAAAGAAGAGCUUACCUCAGUACAGUCUCAGCUCUUAAGGACUUAAUUACCAAAAUACAAGUGCAAAGAGAUGCCGAGGUUUACAAUGGUUCCCAAUCUCAUGAGAGUUUCUCAGACUGGCGAGGUGAACUUCUGCUUGCUCUUCAGCAAGUUUUCUUAAAGGAGCGCAGUGUUUUACUAGCUGCAUUUCAGACUGAGCUGACAGCUCUAGGUACUAGAGAUGCAGUUGGAUUAUUGAACUGUUUGGAACAGAGAAUACAAGAACAGAAUGUUGAAUAUCAAGCAGCUAUGGAAUGCCUCCAGAAAGCAGAUAGAAGGAGUUUGUUAUCUGAAAUUCAAGCACUGCAUGCUCAACUGAAUGGUCUGAAAAUGACUCUGAAAAGAGAACAAGAAAGCGAUCAACCAAGCCAAGAACUCUUGGAGUAUAAUAUGCAGCAGAAGCAGUCCCAAAUGCUAGAGAUGCAAGUGGAGCUCAGCAGCAUGAAGGACAGAGCAACAGACCUGCAGGAACAGCUGAGUUCUGAGAAGAUGGUGGUUGCCGAACUGAAGAGUGAACUUGCACAAACUAAGUUGGAACUAGAAACAACGCUCAAGGCACAACAUAAGCACCUAAAGGAGUUAGAGGCUUUCAGGUUGGAAGUUAAAGAUAAAACAGAUGAAGUACAUUUGCUUAAUGACACAUUAGCAAGUGAACAGAAAAAAUCCAGAGAGCUCCAGUGGGCUUUGGAGAAAGAGAAAGCCAAACUAGGACGCAAUGAAGAGCGGGAUAAAGAAGAACUUGAGGAUUUGAAAUUUUCGCUUGAGGGUCAGAAACAAAGGAAUAUUCAGCUAAAUCUACUGUUGGAACAACAGAAACAACUACUAAACGAAUCACAGGAGAAAAUAGAAUCACAAAGAGUGCUACAUGAUGCCCAGUUAUCAGAAGAACGAGGUCGAAACUUAGAGCUGCAAGUACUUCUUGAAUCCGAGAAGGUUCGAAUACGGGAAAUGAGCAACACCCUGGACAGGGAGCGGGAAUUGCAUGCUCAGCUGCAGAGCGGGGGCGAUGGUGGGCAGCCUGGGCCCUCGCUGCCCUCUGAGGACCUCCUUAGAGAGCUACAGAAACAGCUGGAGGAGAAACACAGUCGCAUUGUAGAAUUGUUAAAUGAGACCGAGAAAUAUAAACUGGAUUCUCUGCAAACAAGACAGCAAAUGGAAAAGGAUAGGCAGGUUCACAGGAAGACGUUGCAGACAGAACAAGAGGCCAACACUGAGGGGCAGAAGAAGAUGCAUGAGCUCCAGUCCAAAGUGGAAGAUCUUCAGCGCCAGCUGGAAGAGAAAAGGCAACAAGUUUAUAAGUUAGACCUUGAAGGAAAGCGACUGCAGGGCAUUAUGCAGGAAUUCCAGAAGCAAGAACUAGAACGAGAAGAGAAACGAGAAAGUAGAAGAAUUCUCUAUCAGAAUCUCAAUGAGCCAACCACAUGGAGUUUAACCAGUGAUCGAACUAGAAAUUGGGUUCUUCAACAGAAAAUAGAAGGAGAGACAAAGGAAUCAGGCUAUCCUAAACUGAUUGAAAUGAAUGAAGGAGGAGCUGGCUGUAAUCAUGAAUUAGAAAUGAUCAGACAAAAGCUUCAACGUGUGGCUUCAAAGCUGCAUCAUCUGGCCCAGAAAGCCUCCAAUAGACUACAGUUUGAAACAGCAGAUGAUGAAGAUUUCAUUUGGGUUCAGGAAAAUAUUGAUGGAAUUAUUUUACAACUACAGAAGUUAACUGGCCAGCCAGGGCAAGAGCCUAGCUUAGUGUCCCCAGGUACUUCUUGUGGCUCAUUGACUGAAAGACUACUGAGGCAAAAUGCUGAGCUAACAGGACAUAUCAGCCAACUGACAGAAGAAAAGAAUGAUUUAAGAAACACAGUUAUGAAGCUAGAAGAACAGAUCAGAUGGUAUCGACAGACAGGAGCUGGCAGAGAUUAUUCUUCUAGGUUUUCAUUGAGUGGUAGUGCCAACAUUGAAGCAAUCAUUGCUUCCGAAAAAGAAGUCUGGAACAGAGAAAAGUUGACUCUGCAAAAAUCCUUGAAAAGAGCAGAAGCCGAAGUGUACAAACUGAAGGCUGAACUAAGAAAUGAAGCUUUACUUCAGAAUCUGAGCUCUGAUUCUGAGCAUGCCACUAUAAAGAGAAUUUACGGUAAAUAUCUGAGGGCAGAAAGUUUUCGGAAAGCUCUCAUUUAUCAGAAGAAAUACCUGCUGCUGUUACUGGGUGGGUUCCAGGAGUGUGAAGAUGCCACACUGGCUCUGCUCGCCCGGAUGGGGGGGCAGCCAACCUUCACAGACCUAGAGGUGAUCACCCACCGUCCAAAGGGAUUCACCAGGUUUCGGUCAGCUGUCAGAGUGUCCAUGGCAAUUUCAAGAAUGAAAUUUUUGGUUCGACGUUGGCAACGAGUCACAAGUUCUGGUUCCAUCAAUAUUAACAGGGAUGGCUUCGGACUGAAUCCAGGUACUGAAAAGACUGACCCAUUUUAUCAUUCUUCUGGGGGGCUGGAGCUAUACGGAGAACCGAGACACAUGGCAUAUCGCUCAAGAUCAGAGCUGGACUAUCCUAGGUCUCCUUUACAUUUUCAAAAUAGGUACCCGGGCCCUCCAGCUGAUUUAAAUCCUGGUUCCUUAGCGUGUUCCCAGCUUCAGAAUUACGACCCUGACAGAGCUUUGACAGAUUAUAUCACUCGGCUAGAGGCACUGCAAAGACGACUUGGAACUGUACAGUCAGGUUCAACCCAGUUUCAUGCUGGCAUGAGAAGAUAA